CACAGUGCCCCCCCACAUCUCUGUAUAUAACUCCCUCUGUCUGUACAAUAGCCACUCUGUCUGACUCUGUCCCUCUGUCUGUCUCUUGUGUCUGGUGAUACGACACCUUCAUACAGCCAUGUCAGAUGUAGAAGAGGAGUACGAGGAGCAGGAGGCCGAAGAGGAGCAGGAGCCCGAGCCCGAGCUCCAGGAGGAGCCGGCAGAGGAGGAUGGAGGAGAGCAGUACCAAGAACAAGAAGCCCCGGAGGAAGAUCAAGAAGCCCCGGAGGAAGAGGAGGAGCGCCCCAAACCCAAACCUCUGGCACCUCAACUUGCCCCUCCAAAGAUUCCUGAGGGGGAGCGGGUGGACUUUGAUGACAUCCACAGAAAGCGUAUGGAGAAGGACUUACUGGAGCUGCAUACUCUGAUUGACGUCCACUUUGAUCAGAGGAAGAAGGAUGAGGAAGAACUCAUCGGCCUCAAGGACCGAAUUGAGAAUCGUCGGUCAGAGAGAGCUGAGAUCCAGAGGGUGAGAGCGGAGAAGGAGAAGGACAGACAGAACAGGAUUACGGAGGAACGUCACAGAAAAGAGGAAGAGGAAGCCAAGAGGAAGGCUGAUGAUGAUCUCAAGAAGAAGAAAGUGCUGUCUGGCAUUGGAGCGAACUUUGGAGGCUUUCUGGCCAAGGCAGAGACGAGGAGGGGCAAGCGUCUGACAGGCAGAGAGAUCAAGAAGAAGACUCUGGGUGAGCGACGGGAGCCGCUAGAUAUCGACAACAUGAGGGAGGAUGCGCUCAAGCAACAGGCCCAGGAGAUGUGGAACUGCAUCUACCAGCUGGAGUCUGAGAAGUUUGAAUAUAUGGAGUACAUGAAGCACCAGAAAUAUGAGAUCAUCGUGCUGCUGAACAGAAUCCAACAUGCUCAGAAAUUCAAAAAGAUUCAUGGCAAAGGGAAGGUGGGCGGUCGCUGGAAGUAAAGGAGGGCAAAGAAGAAAACACAUUGAUAACAAAAAGUGGAGGCAGUAUAGAAAUAGAGGAAUCACACAUUUCCUCUCCAUGGUCUUCUAGUGCCAGAGCCGCUCUGUAGGCCUUUUCUGUGUGUGUGAAAUAUAUUGAAUGUUUCUUGACAAGAUGUAUUGAUAAUAAAACAACACACACUCAGUUUGGAGUUGUUGUGUGGAUCACAACCCCAAAA